GAUGAGUACUGGAACUAUCACUCGUGCUCCUGAAGUGAUGUGGGCACAGGACAGAAAGUCUGUGUUUCUUACCAUUAGACUUGUUGAUGUUCAAUCCCCCGUCAUUACCAAGUCUGCUGAUAGUCUUACUUUUGAGGCUGUUGUUGGUGGUCAGACAUACGGAUUCCAUCUGGACUUGUUUUCCACUGUCAAGUCUGAUUCGUGGCACGAAACCAUCACAAAUAGAUCCAUCUCUCUUGUCGUUGAAAAGGAGAAUACCAACGAUCGCUUUUGGCCCCGUUUGCAAAAGGCUUCUGUAAAACUCCCCUGGUUGAAAACCGACUUUUCCAAAUUCGUUGAUGAUACUUUUGAUGAUCCUGAACCUGUCGAGGCUGCCAUGGAUGCUCCUCCAGGCAUGGGCGGAAUGAAUGAAGAGAUGCUCAAAAUGUUUGCACAGGCUGGUGGUGCUGGUGGCGGUGCUGGCGGUAUGCCGACCUUUGAAGACUCGGAUGACGAGGAACUUGCAGAGGACGAGAAAGAUAUCAAGGCUUGAUCGCUAUUCUACCAGCAUACUUUCCGCUUCUGAUUCAAACUUUUAUAUUGAUUAUUCUUGCACCAUGACUAUCUAAACACGUAUAAGAUUCAUUGGAAUACCCUGUUGUCUAGGAAGUUUGGUUCAACAUUGAAGCCUAUCAUGCCUUUUUCACUGUUAUAAAUGAAGCCUUUUGAUUUGCGUGCAGUUC